AUGGUAAAGUUAAUAUGUGCGAUCGUUGGUACGAAGGAAAGCGUCUUUUCUGUGGAUAUCGACGCGAAUCAGUCGGUGGGGCAUUUGAAAGAUGCUAUUAAGGCAAAGAAUGAAGACCUUCAAGGUCCUGCACGUAACCUGCAGCUCUUCCCUGCCAAGACGGUGGACGGCAAGUGGCUGGCCAUCGAGCACGGAAGAUGUAACACAGCUAGAUGA